CGCGCUCACUGACGGAUUGGGAGCGCGAGGGGACGGGAAGCGAGGGGCGCGCGCAAGGACCGAAAGGAGAAAAAAAAAAUAAAAGAGGAGCGGAGGGAGCUCUGUGAUGUGUUCGCUGUGCUCGUGAGCCAGAAAAAGACUAUAGACAGGAUUUUAUUUCUCUCUCUCUUUUUUGCUUUGCUUUUCCGGGAGUACAGAAUCACGAGGUCGAAGCGAGGAGAGAGAGAUUACCACCGGAGAGGGAGCGAGCGAGCGAACCGAGACCGGGCUGGAAGCGGAGCACCAAUCCCGGAUGGCUAGGCGCGGCUGCUCGGGCUUUCUCCCACCCUGACCCGGCGGAGACACACAAGCUCCGGGGACUUAACGUGAGCCCGUCCCUCCGCCCAUUUCCGUGAAAAACUAUCGCUAAUGUUGGGGAUUUUUAUUUUUAUUUUUUAUUUUUUUUGGACAGGACCGACCGUAAACAAACCGCUCCUCGGGCUGGGAGUCAUCACGCAGCCCCAGAAGAAGGGUGUGAGUCUGCGUUUUUAGCUGCGUCUUUCAGCCUGUUGGAGGUCCACUAGCGGCACUGUUAGCACCCCAGUGUGUGUGUGUGUGUGUGUGUGUGUGUGUGUAUUGACUUGGAGCCGGAGGGUAAAGUGUACGUGGUCAUUGAUCUGUCCGGAUCCUCCACUGAAGCCUCAGGAACAAACGAGAAUGAGGAAAGAGUGUUUCGCGAGAGGAUCGGUCCUCGCCGGCGGCAGGGCGCCGUCCGGAGACGUGUCCAUCAAGUCAACGGGCACAAGUUCAUGGCCACCUACCUGAGGCAGCCAACCUACUGCUCACAUUGCAGAGAUUUUAUCUGGGGUGUGCUGGGAAAGCAGGGUUACCAGUGUCAGGUGUGCACGUGUGUCGUCCACAAGCGCUGCCAUGAGCUCAUCAUCACCAAGUGUGCUGGGAUGAAGAAGCAGGAGGACACAGCUGAGGAGGUGGGUUCGCAGCGGUUCAGUGUUAAUAUGCCCCAUAAGUUCAGUAUUCACAACUACAAGGUGCCCACCUUCUGUGACCACUGUGGCUCCCUGCUGUGGGGCCUCAUGAGGCAGGGCCUGCAGUGUAAAGUGUGUAAGAUGAAUGUGCACAGGCGCUGUGAAACUAAUGUAGCUCCUAACUGCGGUGUGGACGCCCGAGGAAUCGCCAAGGUUCUGUCUGACCUUGGAGUCACACCUGACAAAAUCUCCAACACUGCGCAGCGCAGGAGGAAGUUGACUCYAGGGCAGGACCCUCCCCAGUCUCCUCCUGAGCUCUCCCAGACUGAGGAGAACAGCUUCAGCCAGCCAGCUGUUCCCACCUCCCCCUCACAGCAGGACUUGGCAGAGCUAGAUCGCCUGCAGGACGCGCUGUCACUCGACCAGCAGGGACCCCAGCACUCCUCCUCUUCCUCCUCCUCCACCAACUCCUCUUCCUCCUCCUCGGCGGCCAGGGAGAACGGACAGAGCCAGAGGAGGAACCUCAAAGACUUCAGCUUCAUCAAAGUUCUYGGCAAAGGCAGCUUUGGCAAGGUGAUGUUGGCAGAGCUGAAAGGGACAGAGGAGGUUUACGCUGUCAAAGUUUUAAAGAAAGACGUGAUCCUUCAGGACGAUGACGUGGACUGCACUAUGACAGAAAAGCGGAUCCUGGCCCUCGCCCGCCGCCACCCCUACCUCACCCAGCUGUACUGCUGCUUCCAGACACGGGACCGUUUGUUCUUUGUGAUGGAGUACGUGAACGGAGGAGAUCUGAUGUUCCAGAUUCAGCGAUCCAGGAAGUUCGAUGAGCCGCGCUCUCGUUUUUACGCCGCCGAAGUCACGUCCGCUCUCAUGUUCCUGCAUCGUAAUGGCGUCAUUUAUAGGGAUCUGAAGUUGGACAACAUCCUCCUAGAUGCAGAGGGACACUGCAAGCUGGCAGAUUUUGGUAUGUGCAAAGAGGGCAUCAUGAACGGAGUGACCACCACCACCUUCUGCGGCACACCUGACUACAUYGCUCCUGAGAUCCUGCAGGAGCUGGAGUACGGAGCCUCCGUGGACUGGUGGGCUCUGGGGGUGCUGAUGUACGAGAUGAUGGCCGGGCAGCCUCCAUUCGAAGCCGACAACGAAGACGACCUGUUUGAGUCCAUCCUCCACGACGACGUCCUCUACCCCGUGUGGCUCAGCAAGGAGGCCGUGUCCAUACUGCGAGCGUUCAUGACGAAGAACCCGGCCAAGCGUCUGGGCUGCGUGGUGAGCCAGGGCUGCGAGGAGGCCAUCAAGACCCACGCCUUCUUCAGAGAGAUCGACUGGGUUCUGUUGGAGCAGAGGAAAGUGAAACCGCCCUUUAAACCUCGAAUUAAAACCAAGCGAGAUGUGAAUAAUUUUGACCAGGACUUCACCAGGGAGGACCCGGUGCUGACGCCCACGGACGAGGCCAUCAUCCGACAGAUCAACCAGGAGGAGUUCAAGGACUUCUCCUACUGCGCUCCCGAGGAGACGCAUGCCUAACCAACACAAACGCACACCUCUCACUGCGCUGAACCUGGCAUGCUUAGGCUCAGCAGAACCAUGAAACCGUCGACAAAACACACACGCGCGGUCAAUCCUUUACUUUGAAGCUAUUGGUUGUUGUUACUUCUGGAAUAUUAUUUACUUGCAUUGUGUCGUCCCUGUUGCCUGGGUUUGUUGUGAAUAUGACUAUGAAGAUAAAUAUGAAUAUGCACACACAGUCUCUGCAGAUUUCACACUACAGAUCGGACAUGCUCGUACACACCAGCGCGCUCCAACAGACAAGCAGACACACGCACGUUCACUCCGCUUCUCUCUCCGGCACCUGGACACACGUGGACUGAAAGGUGCUGAGGCUUGUAAAUAGCCCGUGUUGAGUGGCUGUAUCGUGUCGGUAUCGUCUGCUACUAAAGGGGCGUCGUGGCGCAUGGACAAGCACCCUACCUGUGUUAUUACUGUCCUUAUCGUGGACCAGUUAGGGCCAAAUAUUCUUUGUGCAAUACCAUGACUAUCUAUAUAUUUUAAAGUUUGUUUGUUCAUUUUUGCCCCUCCCUCUAAGUGUUUUUGUUGUUGUUGGAAUGAGUGGUUGAGAGUCUCCUGUUACUGUUGCAGUGUCUGCGCUCCUAUCCUCUGUAUAUAAAGUGAAUGUUACAGGCUAUUGAACUAAUUAUGUGGAGCAGAGUGUUACAGGCGGCCUGUGUAGCAGUAAAAAACUCCGGCGUCCAGCUAUUUCACCCAUCUGUCGGCUUCAGUCAGUCCCUGUCCAGUUAGUGUGGAUGUGUUGGAGCGUGGGCCUCGUUCUUUUCAUUUUUUUAUUGUUUUGGUUUAUUUUUGAAUCGUGAAUGUACAUUUUUGUGGGCAUGAAUGUGUGAAUUUGAUUUCUCUUCGUGUCGUAACUUUGUCCGAUUUUGUUUUCCUUCUCCUCCAAAGCUCCAAAUCUUUUUGUUCCCCACCUGCAGCAGCUGUUUUUCUCCAUCUUUCAGCCAAAACCACUAGUUUUGUCUCAUUUUUGCUUUCUUUUUUUUUUCAAGAUGGCUUAUAUUUCUUGUUGCUCUCUCUUUUUUAUUAUUAUUAUUAAAAUUAUUAUUAUUAUUAUUAUUAUUAUUGUAAAGUGUAUCUGGAGGAAACCUUUAUGUAUAAUACUAUAACUAUACCAUUAUAGGUCUGUUACAGCCGGUUGUUAUGAAUUGUUGAGAGCCAGCAGCUGAAUUACCUCUCAUGCCAAACACAAACACUAAACACCACACACAGACUCUCCCCUUUGCUCUCUCCUCCCGCCCCCAUCCAUCCUCCCCUCUUCGAUGUCUCUUUCUCUUGCAAACACAUGCACACACAGAGAAGGACUCUUGUCGCGUGUACUGUACAGUGAUCCGAGGACGGGCUGGUUGCUGUCUGUGCAGUAGAGUCGGUGUGUAGUGACGCUUCGUGCACCCAGGGGUAUGGCUGUUCCUGGUCACACUAUCUUACUCUGUGCCAAAAUGUAGUGCAAACAGCCGGGCUAGUCCUGUCUGGUCUGAUUCCAAUAAAACACUGAGCUGUCUACAUCAA